AUGCUAUGUACCAAAGAUGACGCAACCGGUUUGGAUAGUUGCGAUUUCCUCUGCAUUUCCACGUGGGGCAAAGUCCCUUUGCUCAACGUCCCUUGGGCCCACGGGAGGUGCGAGAAGAAUGUUUGCGUCUGCAGUUUAAACGAAGUGGAUCUCCGUCAAUUUAUGCCAUGCCACUGGAUGUCAUCUGUGGUCUCCCUUGAAACGAAUAAGCGGAUGGCCGAAAAGCAAUAUCAGGCUAAAGUAUCGAAGCUAAGUAAGGCCCAAAAAUUUGAAAUGUUCAUCAAGGCGUAUAAGAAACAAUAUGGAACGAGUGGAGAGAAGAAAAAGCGAUUCAAAAUAUUCAGUGCUAACCUGGUCAAGAUCGACAAAUUAAUGUAUAAAAGGAAAGAUGACGUCAUUUUCGGCAUUGGCCCAUUCACGGAUCUCACUCGUGAGGAAUUCGUUCAAAGUUACAUCGGGAAACUCAAACCGGAAUCAAACUCAAAAUCAAAAUCCACCCAGUCGUCUAGUCGUGGACGCAAAAGCAAAACCAAAGAGGCUCCCUCACUCCAUCCAAGAAUGCUCCGACGAAAAUCACGCUCUAAUUCUGACAAGAAGGAAGAGCGGAGACGAGCAUCAAGAUCACCAAGAGCACCACCAAGAACAUCACAAAGAACACCGAUACAAACACCGAGAGUAUCGCCACCGAGAACAUCACAGGUAUCAUUGCCACCGAGAACAUCACAGAUACCAUUGCCACCGAGAACAUCACAGAUAUCAUCGGCACAGAGAACAUCACUGAUAUCAUCGCAAGCGAGAACAUCAUCAACAUCAUCGGUACCGAGAAGGCAGGGGUCAAGGCGACGUGAUCCGUUUGUCCGGAUGGACGGUGAGGGCACCAGCCGGGGUAACCAAGAUCCAGGACCGAGGUAUAUCAUUGGUGCCGAGCCUCAGGGCGUCCCGUUGAUCGAUUGGCGAAUACCCGCUUAUAAGUAUCCGGCCGCGGAGAAUCAGCAUUUAUCAGAGGAGAUUCGGUGCGGCGCUUGCUGGGCCUUCGCAGCCGUGGGAGCAGUGGAGAUCCUUUGGACGGAAGAAGUGGACGGUGUGACUUAUCUUUCGAAACAAGAUUUGAUAGACUGCGUGCCGGAAAAUGACGGUUGCGAAGGAGGCUGGAUGCACCAUGCCCUGGAACAUAUUUCAGUGUUCGGAAUCGCACUGGCGGAACAUUAUCCUUACAAGGCCGUCACUGGUGAUUGUAAAGAUAUUCCCGGAUACUUGAGGAUCGGUGGCUGGGCCAGGGUUGGGGAGAAGCUUAGCUACUUGAAGAGACAGGAGAAACUUGAGGAAGCUCUUAAGGACAGCCCGCUGCCUACACUCAUACAUUUCCCGGACGAGUUUCAACACUACCUAUCGGGAGUAUACGACGGGGAUGAAUGCAAGGGCAAUUUGGAGGAUCUCGAUCACGCCGUUGUCAUCGUUGGCCACUACUCAGAUUCAUGGAUUCUACGGAACAGUUGCGGUUCUGCUUGGGGUUUGCAGGGUCACUACCUCGUAAAGAAAGGACGGUGUGGGGUAGGCUUGAGAGCGUUUGAAAUAAAAGAUCCACUUGAAAGACUGAACUAGUAGGAGUUUGAGCAAACUUGUUGCGGUUGCAACACCAUGACAUCCCUCACAGUUAACGGAUGAUAGACGGAGGAAGA